ACAUCUUCUGUUCGGACAUCCCUGCGCUGCGAGCUGCAUUCCCUGGCCCUUGCCUUGGUACCUCUACGAAAAUGUACAGACAGUCAUUCCUACAUGUGCUCAGUACUACAAUCUUGUACGUCCUUUGGCUGAACUUUGCCAAUCCCAACAUGCGACUGCUAGUAUGAAUGGCUGGACGCUGGAUUAGUGGUGACUGGUGUAGGUGCAUGUCUGAGUGAGACACGUCGCUAGCGCUCGCACCGCUCUUGGUCAGUGGAACAAUGCCAGCAGCUAGUGAUACUAGGGAUACUAGAGGGCAUCUCCUUGGUCUUGUGAAGCGUAAUGAUCCCACUGAGUUGAAGAGGGUCAUACUUGCUGCUGAUGGUAGUCUAAAAGAAGACCUCGCACGACUGAAGUACACCAACACACGCGGUUAUGGUGACAAGAGUGGAGAGCAAGAAUCUCUGUUGGGUCAUGUACUGCACAAUGCGUGUGUAACAGACAGACUGGAGUGUGUGUGCGUCAUUGCACAAUGCUGCGGAGCGGGCAUUCUCAACGGACUUUAUCGAGAAUACGAAUGGAAGUGGACACCAUUGCACGCUGCAUGUUGGUUUGAUCGCACCGUCAUGGUCAGGAGUUUGCUGGAGUAUCAAGCAAAACUGGACAUGCCAGACACGGAUGGCUGUCUUCCUGUUCAUCGUGCUGCACAGUGUGGUCAUUUAGAGCUUGUCAAGUAUCUGCUGCAACUUCAUCCCGAGUCUGUUUCUGUACAGAGCUGUACAAAGUCUCUUCCCGUACAUCUUGCCUCCUUUGCUGGUGCAUUGGGCACAGUGCGAUAUCUGCUGGAGAUGCAACCAGAGCACGUCUCAGCCACGGACCAGGAUGGCCAACUUCCACUGCACUGUGCUGCACGCUUGGGACAUGUGGAGACUGUGCGCUACCUUCUAGAUGUGUGCCCAGUACACAUAGCUGUAAAGAACAAGGCCGGUCUGACUCCCCUUGUUGAAGCAGUGUUUGGUCCUGGAACUGACUGUAUUCCCUACCUUCUUCAAGUCACACUCUCUCAGCUGGAUCAUGAUCAGGCUGAUGUCAUCGUGGAACAAGCCAGAAGCAUGGCCAAGCGACGACAUAAGUCACGUGAACUGCACAUGAUCAAUCAGCCAGCCGGAGGAAAGAACAAUUGCCGUUUGUCGUGUCAACGCUCCCUAGCGUCUGUUCACCAUAUUCCAGUUCAUAGACAUUAGUCUAGUCCAUUUAUCCAGAAUAGUACAACCAGCUUUUUUUUAACUCGAUUUUGGCCGAAUUUAGGCUCAAAACCCACUUCAAUUUCUAUAUUUUUAUGUGCUUUUCCAUACAUUUUGCCAUGGUACUGUAGUACUGUCCUAAUUUUUGUAAAACUUGUCUUUGAACAAAAUUCCUGUAUGUACGGACCUUUUCCGCCUCAAACUUAGCAAGGAAUGAUUGCACAGGUUACAUAGCCAAGAAUGUACUGUUUUGCCUAUCAUGUCUCUAACAUCAUGCACAUGUAUGCGUAGGAGCCAACAAACAAUACACGGUGCCAGUUGGGAGUGGACUGUGGUUCCAAUUUCAGUAAUUCUACUUCAAGCACCAAGUUGUCAUAACCGACCUACUGGUGUACCAGUUCAUCUCCAUGAACAUUAUUAUCUGCUACUCUUCAUGAUGUACAGAUUCUGCACAUCAUGUCAGCAUCACGCCAUCACUGGUAGUACUACAGGUGAAAUCCUGAUAAUUCGAACCUCAAAAUGCCAG